AUAACACGUUAUUUUAUAUGGUAGGCCCUGUUUUCCGGAUACAUUGUGGGUCAACAUUAUUUUAGGCCGCUUUUAUUUCCCCGAAUAGCGACAGGUAUUUAUUACAGCUGAGUGGCCUUUAUAUGCCCAGAAGAUUUGUGUCUAUGACCAUCUUGCAACAAAAACUAGACUUGUUGUGAUCAGAAAAUACUUUGGUAUUUUUUAAACUCUACGGCUAGAUAUUUGCCGGACAUAAACGGCUGUCGAAGUUGAUGAUCAAAAUGACCUCAUUUUGUCUUCGUUUGGGUUUUUUUCUACUCAUCAUCACUGGUGCCUUUUGCCAGACUUCCACGAUGAGACAACUAGUAACUACUGAGCGGAUUUGCAGGCCAAACGACUUCCCAUGUGAUGGUGGAAUCGUUUGUCUCCCCAUGAAAACGCUUUGUGAUACGGUGGAGAACUGUGAGGAUGGCUCAGAUGAACGUUUAAAUUGCCCAACUAACUGCUCACACGCCAACCAGUUCAAAUGUACCUCUGGAAACGAAUGCAAGCCCAUUGAUUAUGUCUGCGAUGGUAUCAACGACUGCACCGACGGGUCAGACGAACAAAACUGCGAGAAAUUCGUGUGCCCUGACGGUGAAAUCAAGUGCGACAACCACCGCUGUAUUGCGGCGACCUGGAUAUGUGACCGCUACAACGACUGCGGCAACAACUGGGAUGAGACCGGAUGCCGCGGUUAAUUAAACAACCAUCGAUUG